CUUACACACGGGCACCGAGCUCUCGCGCUCGCGCUCUCUCGUGAGCAAAAUAGCGCUUUCACGAACGCACACUGAUGCAUUUGAAUUUACCGUGUCAGAUCGGACCCGAGCGUUUCAAUCGAUGUCGGAGUUUUACCUCUGGAUAUAAGCCGCAACAUCAUCACCAUCAGUUGAAAAUAAAGACCUCAUCAAAGAGGCAAAUUAUGCCAGCAGUACCAGAGUCCCUGUCUCUGGUGACGUGCCAGGCUGUUGGUGAGACCCUCUGCUCCCUCGCCCCGGGCCGGCCCGUGCUGGUGGACGCCCCGCUCAGGUCCGCGCCCGCAACAUGAGCGCCAACGGCCCCGCUCCGCCUGUGGCGACCCCUGCCGCGCCUCCCGCAGCUGCGGUGGUCUUGCCCGUGUCCUCGGUGGUACCGGUGGGCUCGCUGGCCCAAAAGAAACGGCAGCAGUAUGCCAAGAGCAAAAAACAGGGCAGUUCGGCCAACACGAGGCCACAGAGAGCACUCUUCUGCCUCAACCUCAACAACCCCAUCCGCCGGGCCUGCAUCAGCCUCGUGGAAUGGAAGCCAUUCGAUAUCUUUAUAUUGAUAGCGAUUUUUGCCAACUGCAUGGCCUUAGCUGUAUAUAUUCCCUUUCCUGAGGAUGACUCCAACUCAACUAACCACGACCUGGAAACAGUCGAAUAUGCCUUCCUUGUCAUUUUUACGAUCGAAACCUUCCUGAAGAUCAUAGCAUACGGCCUGGUGAUGCAUCAGAACGCGUACGUCCGAAACGGAUGGAACAUGCUGGAUUUUGUCAUUGUAGUCAUAGGGUUGUUUAGUGUUGUUUUGGAAGUUUUGACCAAAGAUGGGGAGAAGGACACCGGAGCUCCCCCGGCCGCGCACGCCCACGGUGGAAAAUCGGGAGGAUUCGAUGUCAAAGCCCUCAGAGCCUUUCGAGUGCUGCGACCGCUUCGCCUGGUGUCAGGAGUGCCCAGUUUGCAGGUGGUGUUGAACUCCAUCAUAAAAGCCAUGGUUCCUCUCCUCCACAUCGCCCUGCUGGUUCUGUUCGUCAUCAUCAUCUACGCCAUCAUCGGUUUGGAACUUUUCAUUGGAAAGAUGCACGCUACGUGUUUUUUUAAAGGGUCAGAUUUAAUUGCGGAGGACGAACCCGCACCUUGUGCUGUUAAUGGUCACGGUCGCACGUGCCCCAUCAACGGCACGUUGUGCAAAGAGGGUUGGAACGGUCCCAACGGGGGCAUCACGAACUUCGACAACUUCAUGUUUGCAAUGUUGACUGUGUUUCAGUGCAUAACCAUGGAGGGCUGGACGGACGUUCUCUACUGGAUGAAUGAUGCUAUGGGUCUGGAGCUGCCGUGGGUGUACUUUGUGAGUUUGGUCAUCUUCGGUUCUUUCUUCGUCCUGAACCUGGUUCUGGGUGUUUUGAGCGGAGAGUUCUCUAAAGAGCGAGAGAAAGCAAAAGCACGAGGAGAUUUCCAGAAGCUUCGUGAAAAACAACAGCUGGAAGAGGAUCUGAAGGGAUACCUGGACUGGAUCACGCAGGCCGAAGACAUCGACCCUGAGAAUGAGGAGGACGAGGAUGACAGUAAACGCAAUCGGGUUACGCUGGCCAGCCUCAUGGAGAAGAAGAAGAAGGGCUUUAGCUUUUUCAGCCAGUCCUCUGACACUCAUGCGAGUAUGCCGGCGAGCGAGACCGAGUCCAUGAACACAGAGAAUGAAAAAGUAGAUGUGAAGGCCACGUGUUGUGGCCCAACAUGUCAGAAGAUUUCGAAAUCAAAGUUCAGUCGGCGCUGGCGGCGCUGGAAUCGGUUAUGUCGGAGGAAUUGUCGUCUGGCAGUGAAAUCGGUGCCGUUUUAUUGGCUAGUGAUCAUUCUGGUUUUCCUCAACACUUUAACCAUCUCCUCUGAACAUUACAACCAGCCCAUGUGGCUCUCACAAGUACAGGAUGUAGCCAAUAAAGUUCUCUUGGCCCUGUUCACGAGCGAGAUGUUGGUGAAGAUGUACAGUCUGGGCCUGCAGGGUUAUUUCGUGUCCCUCUUUAAUCGCUUUGACUGCUUCGUGGUGUGCGGAGGCAUUACCGAGACGAUCCUGGUGGAGUUAGAGAUCAUGUCAUCGCUGGGCAUCUCUGUGUUUCGAUGUGUGCGACUACUCAGGAUCUUUAAAGUCACACGUCACUGGGCGUCUCUCAGUAACCUGGUGGCGUCCCUGCUAAACUCCAUGAAGUCCAUCGCCUCUCUACUGCUGCUGCUCUUCCUCUUCAUCAUCAUCUUCAGUCUCCUCGGGAUGCAGGUGUUCGGCGGCAAGUUCAACUUCGACCAGACGCAGACGAAGAGAAGCACCUUUGACAACUUCCCUCAGGCCUUGCUCACGGUGUUUCAGAUCCUUACCGGUGAAGACUGGAACGCUGUCAUGUAUGACGGGAUUAUGGCGUACGGCGGACCGUCGUCAUCCGGAAUGAUCGUGUGCAUCUACUUCAUCAUCCUGUUCAUCUGUGGAAACUACAUCCUUCUGAAUGUGUUCUUGGCCAUCGCUGUGGACAACCUUGCAGACGCCGAGUCUCUGAACACAGACCCCAAUGAUAAAAAGAAAGGGGAUGAAAUUGAUGAAAUUGAGGAUGAUGUCAAGGCCGGAGAGGAGGAUGAGAAGGACAAUGCAGAGGAGGACGAAGAGGAGGCGGACGUUCCCGCGGGGCCCCGCCCAAAGAUCUCAGAGAUGGUUAAGAAGGAGAAAAUCACACCGAUCCCAGACGGCAGUGCGUUCUUCAUCUUUAGCAAAACAAACCCAUUUCGGGUUGCAUGUCACAAACUGAUAAACCAUCACAUCUUCACCAACCUCAUUCUGGUUUUCAUCAUGCUAAGCUCCGCCUCCUUGGCAGCCGAGGAUCCAAUCAGAAACUUCUCAGCUCGCAAUAUCAUACUUGGUUACUUUGACUAUGCCUUCACGGCUAUCUUUACUGUAGAGAUCGUGUUGAAGGUCCUAGGCUAUGCAGAUUAUGUCUUCACUAGUAUGUUUACAUUUGAGAUCAUUUUAAAGAUGACCACGUACGGCGCGUUUCUCCACAAGGGGGCGUUCUGCAGGAAUUACUUUAAUCUGCUGGAUUUACUGGUGGUUGGCGUUUCUCUGGUCUCCUUCGGCAUACAGUCAUCAGCCAUCUCGGUGGUGAAAAUCUUGAGAGUUCUGCGGGUGCUGCGUCCGCUCAGGGCCAUAAACCGAGCUAAAGGACUGAAGCAUGUGGUCCAGUGUGUGUUCGUGGCCAUCAGAACGAUCGGAAACAUCAUGAUUGUCACCACACUUCUGCAGUUCAUGUUCGCGUGCAUUGGCGUACAGCUCUUCAAGGGGAAGUUUUACCGUUGCAAUGAUGAAACCAAGUCAACCUCAGAUGCGUGCAAGGGAACUUAUAUCUUGUAUAAGGAGGGAGACGUGAAUCAGCCGACCAUUCAGAAGCGUCAUUGGCACAACAGCGAUUUCAACUUUGAUAACGUGCUCAUGGCCAUGAUGGCUCUCUUCACAGUGUCCACGUUUGAAGGCUGGCCAUCGUUGUUGUACAAAGCCAUCGACUCUAACCGUGAGAACUUGGGCCCGAUCUACAACUACCGCGUGGAGAUUUCCAUCUUCUUCAUCAUCUACAUCAUCAUCAUCGCCUUCUUCAUGAUGAACAUCUUCGUGGGUUUCGUCAUCGUGACCUUUCAGGAACAGGGAGAGAAGGAAUACAAAAACUGUGAGCUGGACAAAAACCAGCGUCAGUGUGUGGAGUAUGCGUUGAAAGCUCGUCCUCUCAGACGGUACAUCCCCAAAAAUCCGUACCAGUAUAAGUUCUGGUAUGUGGUGAACUCCACCGGCUUCGAGUACAUCAUGUUCGUCCUGAUUUUGCUGAACACCAUCUGUCUCGCCGUCCAGCAUUAUGGUCAGUCUGAGCUGUUCAACUAUGUGAUGGACAUUCUGAACAUGGUGUUCACUGCUGUAUUCACGGUGGAGAUGGUUCUCAAAUUAAUCGCUUUUAAACCCCGGCAUUAUUUCACUGACGCGUGGAACACGUUUGACGCCUUAAUAGUUGUCGGUAGCGUGGUAGAUAUCGCUAUCACCGAAGUCAACCCCACAGAGGCACCUCAGGUGGAUGAGUCGGGGAACACGGAGGACAGCGCUCGCAUCUCCAUCACCUUCUUUCGGCUUUUCCGAGUCAUGCGAUUGGUCAAGCUGCUGAGCAGAGGAGAGGGGAUUCGAACCCUCCUUUGGACCUUCAUCAAGUCCUUCCAGGCUCUGCCGUAUGUGGCUUUAUUGAUAGCGAUGCUCUUCUUCAUCUAUGCUGUGAUUGGCAUGCAGAUGUUUGGGAAGAUUGCAAUGGUGGACCACACACAGAUCAACAGAAACAACAACUUCCAGACGUUUCCACAGGCUGUGCUGUUGCUCUUCAGAUGUGCAACAGGUGAAGCCUGGCAGGAUAUCAUGUUGGCAUGUAUGCCGGGAAAACUGUGCGACCCGGAAUCGGACUAUAAUCCCGGUGAAGAGAUGACCUGUGGAAGCAACUUUGCUAUCAUAUACUUCAUCACCUUCUACAUGCUCUGCGCCUUCCUGAUCAUCAACUUGUUUGUGGCUGUCAUCAUGGACAACUUUGACUAUCUGACCCGUGAUUGGUCAAUUCUGGGACCGCAUCACCUUGAUGAAUUCAAGAGGAUUUGGUCAGAGUACGACCCAGAGGCCAAAGGUCGAAUAAAACAUUUGGAUGUUGUGACGCUGUUACGACGCAUUCAGCCUCCGCUUGGCUUUGGCAAACUAUGUCCUCACAGAGUCGCCUGCAAGAGACUGGUUGCGAUGAACAUGCCUCUCAACAGCGACGGGACGGUCAUGUUCAAUGCCACACUUUUUGCUCUCGUGAGAACAGCCUUGAAGAUCAAAACAGAAGGUAACUUGGAGCAGGCCAACGAAGAGCUGCGGGCCGUUAUUAAGAAGAUCUGGAAGAGAACCAGCAUGAAACUUCUGGAUCAAGUGGUGCCCCCUGCUGGUGAUGAUGAGGUAACCGUGGGGAAGUUCUAUGCCACUUUCCUGAUACAGGACUACUUUAGGAAAUUCAAGAAACGCAAAGAAGAAGGUCUGGUGGGCGUCCACCCAGCUCAGAACAACACGGCCGUUGCGCUGCAGGCCGGCCUCCGUACGCUGCAUGACAUUGGGCCAGAAAUUCGCCGCGCGAUAUCGUGUGACCUGCAGGAUGACGAGCUUGUAGACUUUUUACCCGAGGAGGACGAAGAAAUUUAUAGGCGAAACGGUGGACUGUUCGGAAACCACAAUCAUAUAAACGGAGACACCAGGAGGAGCUCCGGCCAACAGACGAACGCCACACAGCGCCCCCUGCAGGUGCAGCCACCCCCGCAUUAUGCACACGUGGAGCAACCCGUGGGGCGGCUGGGUCGCGCCAAUGCCAUGGCACAGCAAAACCAUCAUCGCCAUCACCACCAUCAUCACCAUCAUCACAAUUCCUACAACAAGUCACCCAAGUCGACCAACAUCAAUCUCAACAACGCCAACAUUUCCAGUUUACCUAACGGAGGGCACAAUCGGUUCUACGAGCAUGUGCCCGCCAAUGGCUACCCAGGAUCGUAUUAUGGAGAAUACGACAAGCCCAGAACUCCUAAUGGGCAAAGAAGGCGCUACUUUGAGACCUAUGUUAGGUCAAACGGCGGCGACAGAAGACGGCCUACAAUACGCCGUGAGGAGGACUGCGAUGAAGAUCGCUACUCAGCCGAGUAUUACAGCGGAGAGGAGUUUUAUGAAGAUGACAGCAUGCUAUCUGGUGAAAGGUACCCCAACAGCGACCAGGAGUAUGAGACACCUCGGGGUUACCACCAUCCUGACGGUUACUAUGACGAUGAUGAGCAGCCCCUUUAUCAUGAUUCCCACAGGUCGCCAAAGAGAAGAUUGCUUCCUCCUACACCACAAGGUCAACGGAGGUCAUCCUUUAAUUUUGAGUGUCUGCGAAGGCAGAAUAGUCAAGAUGACCUUCCUCACCAGCGCACCGCUCUACCCUUACAUCUCAUGCAACACCAGGUGAUGGCAGUAGCAGGUCUAGACUCCAGCAGGGCUCACGGGGUUUCACCAACACGAUCUACCAGAUCAUGGGCGUCACCUCCUCUCACUCCUGCGAGUAAAGAGCGAACGCCGUACUCCACUCCCCUGAUCCGCGUGGACCGCCCUCUGAGGGACAGCGUGAGCAGCAGUCGAUCAUCCGUCAGGAAGAGCUCGUGGUACACAGAUGACCCCGAGUAUCAGCAGAGGAAUUACUCACCCAUUCACCUGCAGGUCCCACCUGAGUACAGAAACCAGUACCAUCAGAAGAGAGGCAGUGCCACCAGUUUGGUGGAGGCGGUCUUGAUAUCAGAAGGAUUGGGUCGCUACGCCAAAGAUCCAAAGUUUGUGUCGGCCACGAAGCACGAGAUCGCUGACGCGUGCGAGAUGACCAUUGACGAAAUGGAAAGCGCCGCCAGCCAUCUCCUGAAUGGCGCCAUCACGCCAGCCGUCAACGGCGUCAGCGUGUUUCCCAUACUGGACCACAAAGACUACGAUCUACAGGACGUGUCGGCUAGUUACAGCGACGAGGAACCGGAGCCUGAACCUCGGCCGCGUUACGAGGAGGACCUGGCGGAUGAAAUGAUAUGCAUUACCACUUUAUAGCAUUUGCUAACAGAUGAGCGCGUUCUUUGAAAACUGAUCAAACAAAAAUAAAGUAUAUUUAUUGGCUUACUACCUUAAGAAGUGCCUUCACAGCGGAACGGAAAGGCACUGAAAGCACGGACGAGUCGGUCUCGCCCUACAAGGAGCGAUGUGAACUGGCGAAUCGGACGCGAUCGUGGGGACCGCUUGACGAUGUUAAACUCUGGAAGCUAAUUUUAAUUGACUGCUUGUACUGUCACUGCAGGAAAUGGACCAAUGAGCAGCGAGGCGAGGUACCCGGGGACGGGCUGUUUCCAAGGUGAUGACAAUCAGAGCGAAUAUACAGUAUGUCAUUACCUCAGUCACUUUAAGGGUUUUGCAUAUCAAGCACGUUGCAAGCUCAAUGCAAGCUAAGUAUGGCAUAUCCCUCCUCAAAGGCUUUAGUUUCAACGUACGACCCAUACUUUAUUUUAUUAACGAUAAGGCAAACUGCAUAUUUUAGAGAACAAACGCUUACUACACAACACUGGUUUACAAUAAGGAUAUCAUGCUGGUAUGUGGUAAACUGGACAAACUUUACAAGACGAUUUCAGCAUUUGUGUUGAAUGCACUAGCAGGCAGGUUAUUUUUUAAAUUUAGGAUAGCCUGUUUGAUAUUUAAUAAUAUGCUGUAAAUGACUUGUAAUAUAAGGCAAAAGAAGAACUUUGUAUAGAGACGUUAUAUAUUUUGUAAUUAUGUACUGUACAAAAAAAAAGAGAUCAGCAAUAUUAAUCCUUAUUGAUGUUAUCGCAUUACAAAAAGACGACGUUCUGUGUUAUUUUGUUAGGUACUGUACCCGAUUAAAUCCUCUGCCUUUAUUCUUUGCUCAUAUGCAUACUCGUUUGUGAAAUCUAGAACAAAUAAGCCAAUUUUUUAUGAGGUUACGUCUGUGACACCCGCACAAAAUAUGCAAGUCGUUUCUUACGUAGUCCGUUUCAUAAGUAGUGUUUCUUUAAAAUCUACAGCAUGCAGAAUGGGUCACAAAAGUCAACCUCCUUUACGAGGCUUUUCGUAGGGCUUAACAGAAUAGUGUCUUAAUCGUGUCCGUUUGUUUAUUAAAGGAGUCUGUCGACGUUUGGUUGCAUAUUUUGUGCAGGGGAGGCGCGCAGGAAGGUGCGACGGUAAAUGCGCAUUGACAAUGCUGCUUAAUUAGUCUGCAAUUAAACUGUACGACCCUCGCCAGGAAAAUGCUGCCACACGGAGAAGCCUGCUGCCGCUAGCUGAUCUAUGAAUAGCAAACUUAUUCCCAGAGUACUGCGGAGGGAAACCCAAGCUAAUUUCAGAUCGGCAAUUAAAUUCCACCGACAUCACAUGGUGUUUCGCACCUUGAUGGGGACAUAUUCAAAUCUUCCUUACUUUUUAAUAAUGGGUAUAAGAAUAAUGAUAAUAAGAAGGAUUAUAAUAGAAACCAUGAGGUGAUGGGGACGUUUCAGGUUGUUUAAAGUGUACGUUCCCAUCGUGCAUCCUUAAAGGGACAGUUCACCCAAAAAAAACAAUUUUCCAAAAUCUUGUUAGUGUCAUGUUCCAAAGAGACUCCAAAAUACUUCACAUAUGGCUCAUACAGUAUACUUCAUGUAUAUUCCUAGUCUUCUUAAGUCCUACGGUAGCUUUACAUUGACAGUUACGUAUUUUAAUCUUUGGAAGAUUCGGGAUGUAAUGCACAAGUCAUAUUACAUCAUACUUAGGCUGUGUUCACACUUGACUUUUUUCGAAGCUUCUAGUGUCUGUUUUUCCAUCAGAAAGCGUCAUGAGCGCAUUUUUAUACACCAGCGUCGGCGUCUUUUUUCUGCAGCUCAGAGCGUCUUUUGAGGUUGUAAAAAGUUCAACUAUUUGGAAAAAAACGGCAUACGCCAAGCUCCUAUUUCACAGCUAACCAAUGACAAGAGACCUGUCUUUUCCAUAACAACAUGUGAGGAACGUUUGCGCUCAAGCUCGAAAAACUAAAAUGCUGGCUGAAACGCCCGUUGGAGCAUAGUUAUAAAUGUAAGUUUAAUUUUCACUUUUAAUAAUUUAUGAUUGCAUUUCCAGCGAGAAAUCACAUAUUUAAAAACUACAAUACUAAUAAGUUAUUGCAAAAUGCACCGACGCUGCCUCCGAAGUAUAUUUGUAACCAAACGUAGCCAGCUUUUUUUUUACUUAAAAAGAAUCUUUGCCAACUUUUUCUUGUCAAGUGUGAACACGGCCUUAAAGACUAAAGCUAUACAGAAUUCUGUUUUGUAGAACAUAGUAUGCAGGACGUUUUAGGUCGAACUGUUCCUUUAAGAAGAGCAAGAAACUAGUUAAGCAAUACCGAUCCAAUGUUUCUUGUGUUUUUGACUUAUUUUGUUUUAUUUCACUGCUUCAUUGCAGCUCCGGCUUCUGCAGUUACCUCUUUUAGUGCAGGGGAAACAUAUCAGCAUUUGAAGCGUCCUUUUUGUGAGCAUUUUGGCUUUAAGGUGUUAUAAAAUUGAGGAUUUUCCAGAGACCUCGGUACGGGAAUAGGCAAUUCAAUUGACCUUUCUGUCACUUCCAACAGACAAAUUAAUGCAGAGCAUUAUGGGUAAAAAGAGCAAAAAAAACGUUUGACUGCAAAGGCCACUGCCCUGGAGCGCGCGGAGUUUCGGUACCGUGAAAAUAAAGGGAAGAAAUGGGUUUUGCGAGAACUGAUGUUUAUGAGUGUGAUCUCUUGUGUUUUGGAAGAGUACUGUGCUUUUCAGUCCAACCGAAUACUGUCGUGAAACUUGUGGGUUCAACCACUGCGUGUGCACAUCCGAAAGGGCUUCUGAAAUGAUCCAAGCGAAAAAAAAACUACAUUGUGUUCCGGUCUUCAUGUCAGUUAUACUGCAUCUUGUUAAUGGACCAAUGCACAUUCUUGGCACAUUGUACUAUUCGUAGCAAUUACUGGUAAGGACAAUAAAAUAUGCAUUAUUUUUAAUAAAGGAAAAACUUUUCAAAAAAAAAGCGAAAGAUUUAACUCUUACCUCGGGUCAGGGACUCCUGAAAAGAAGAAAAUUUGGUUCUUAAUUUACCAAUGGAAUUUUACUCUUAGCACAUGUUCGUCUUUGCACAAAUUACUGUAAUGUGCAAUUUGUUUUCCUUGUUUUCUAUUUAUAUUUUGUGUAUUAAGGUGGGCAAUUUUUGUAAUUUUUCUGUGACUGUGCGUACGGUUUAGUGAAUAUAUAAUUGUCAGUCGCAUUUCACCUUUCAGUGCUGGAACAGAUGAGGAGAACAGAGAAAUAAAGGUGCACUCCUUUGUUUGGUUAACGUCAGCGUUAGCAAAAAAUGGAAAAAAGUAUUAUACGCAUUUACAGAGCCACAUAUGUUGAUUAUCACAUUUUCAUCUAGAGUUGUUGCUACUGCUAUUACAUAAUUUUUAUGAAUAAUGCUGUAAGGAAAAUAAGAUUAUAGUGUAUCAUUUGUACAAAAGUAAUGGAAAGAUGUGUGGUGGUGGUGAUGUUCUUCUUUUGAAGGUCCUUCUCUUUGCUCUGUUAUGGUUUUUAUUCCAUGAGGAAAAAGAAAAAAGAUUUUCUCUUCGUAGCAGAUGACUUCUAAUAUCCCUCUAGGUUUUGUAUGGAUACAUUUCUUUUUUGUAAUUUUCCUAUUUAUUUUGGCCUGGACUUGAUUUUAAUCCAUAUUGAAAUUUUAUUUUCUAAUGAUUAAUACUGAAUAAACUUAAUGAAUAAACAAGA